AUGCUGGGGAUCCUGGGUCUGGCACUGUGCGGCCUGUGGACUGGCACGCGAGCGGACUCCGGGGCACUGCUGCGGCUGGGCAUGGACGUCAUGAACCAGGUCCAGAAUGCCAUGGAUGAGAGCCAUAUCCUGGAGAAGAUGGCCGCCGAGGCGGGCAAGAAAGGGCCAGGGACGAAGCCCAUCAAGGGCAUCACUGAUGUGAAGGUGAAGGAUGUGCUGGUGCCAGUGAUCACGUUGAGCUUGGUGCCCGAGGAGGGCAUCUUCCAGUGUGUGUCCACAGGCAUGACCAUCACUGGCAAGAGCUUCAUAGGGGGAAACAUGGAGAUCAUCGUGGUCUUCAACAUCACAGCGACUGACCGGCUUCUGAAGGACGAGGAGACGGGGCUCCCCAUGUUCAAGAGCGAGGGUUGUGAGGUCAUUCUGGUCAACGUGAAGACCAACCUGCCUAGCAACAUGGCGCCUAAGGUGGUCAACAAGUUUGUGGACAGCACCCUACACAAAGUUCUCCCUGGCCUGCUGUGUCCAGCCAUUGAUGCGGUCCUGGCUUACGUGAACAAGAAGUGGGCCAACCUGAACGUUCCCAUGCCUGUGGGUCAGAUGGGCACCGUCAAAUACUCUCUGACAUCCAUCCCAACGCCCACGGCCAGCUACAUCCAAGUGGACUUCAGUCCUGAGGUACAGCAGAAGAAGGGUGGUGCCGUUAAGCUUGCGGAUUCAGGGGCGGCCCUGGAGUUCCCUGGAGGGUACGCUGAAGGCUCCUCGCAGCUGCUGCUCUCCGCUGCCUUCCUCACAGCAGAGCUGGCUCUCCUGCAGGCGUCUUUGGAUGUGAAUAUUAAGAAAACGAAGACUGGGAAGUUGUGCUCACUGACCACCGAAACACUGGCCAACUUUAUCCCUGAAGUGGCUGAGACCUAUCCCAAGCCAAAGCCCUUGGUGGUGAAGAUCAAGAUAAACAAGCCCCCCAAGGUCACCAUGAAGAAAGGCCAGAGUCUCAUGCACUUCCACGGCACCCUGGGGAUGUUUGCUGCCAAGCGGCGGGGCAAGGCUCCUGUGUCCAUUUUUCUUCUGGAAUUUCACUUCAACCUGAAAAUCCAAUUCUCAGUGAGUAAGAACCGGCUGCAGAUGGCAACCUCUAUGAACAGCCUGCUGACCCUGUCCCGGGGGUCCUCAUCCGUUGGAGCCUUCCAUGAGGAGGACUUGACCAACUUCGUCACUGAUUUCCUCCGGGAAGCCUAUGUGCCAGUUGUCAAUGAUGUGCUCCAAGUCGGGCUCCCCCUCCCGGACUUCCUGGACAUGAAUUACAACCUAGCAGAGCUGGAUGUAAUAGAGGAUGCCCUGGUGCUGGACUUGAAGCUAUACUGACCAGGGCGGGACUCACCUGCCAGCUGCCCGCACACCACCAACUGGCCGCACCCCGUGGAGGACCUCCCGAUGUGAGUCGGUGGACCUGGCCCCUACCACCGAUGGCUGCUUCCUUUGGCGGGAAGGAAGCAGGUCAGGUCUGGGCUGGGCCUUGGCAAUA